GUCUCGCUGGAAAAAAUGGCAGGGACGUUUGCUGUGGCCGGUGAAGUUUUUGUAGAUGCUUUACCUUAUUUUGAUCAGGGAUAUGAUGCAGCUGGAGUCAGAGAGGCGGCUGCUGCCCUGGUCGAAGAAGAGACGAGAAGAUACAGACCCACCAAAAACUACUUGAGCUACCUGCCAACCCCUGACUUCUCUGCUUUUGAAACCGAGAUCAUGCGGAAUGAGUUUGAAAGACUUGGAGCACGCCAGCCCAUGGAACUGCUUAGCAUGAAAAGGUACGAGCUUCCGGCUCCCUCCUCUGGCCAGAAGAAUGACAUCACGGCGUGGCAGGAGUGCGUCAACAACUCCAUGGCCCAACUGGAACAUCAGGCAGUCCGCAUAGAGAACCUAGACCUCAUGGCCAAAUACGGAACCAACGCUUGGAAGGCAUACAAUGACACUUUGGCCUUCAUGAUCGAAUCCGCUCAAAAGGAUUUACAGAAAUUAAGAAAGCAGAUUCAGGAUCUCAACUGGCAACGGAAAAACGACCAACUCGCUGGAGGAGCCAAACUCAGAGAACUGGAGUCCAACUGGGUGUCUUUGGUCAGCAAAAACUAUGAGAUUGAGCGGGCCAUCGUGCACAUGGAGAACGAGGUGGGCCAACUGAAACAGCAGCAAGGAGACGAGAACAAGGAGAACAUUCGACAGGAUUACUAGAACCAGGAAGCUCAUCAUGGGGAAAAAAAGAUCUUCAGGGGGUGUUGCGAGACAGUUGUUAUUAAGCGAUGAACCUGGUUAACUUCAACUAUACCAAGUGGUAAACCUGCUAAUAACAUGACAGGUGUUAUUUGGUUAUAAGAAAAAGAGGACUUCAUGUUGAUUAGCUGAUUUACUACUACCUCCAGGUUAACUUAACCAGGUAGAUGGACACAUCAUAGAUUCUCUCUCAACAUUCUUUUUGGAACUGGGAUGGCUGAAGACGGAGGACUAACUCAUCUGUGACAUGGCAAAGUUAGAUCUGAAUCUGAUGUCUGUAAAGUUUUGUAGGAUUCUCUUUUCAAAACAAACAUAUGGAAUGAUUUUUUUGUUGCUGUCCAUAAAAGACGACACAAAUUAUACAGAUUUGUUUGUGUCAUAAAGCUGUAAGGAACAGCUUGUGGAUGUUGUCAGCCAGCAUUGAGCAGCUUUUUUUUUUAAUGGGAUGUUCGUUGUGAAAAUGAUGUUUCUCUGAUCAUUGUCACCAUGGUAUGGAUGCAAUACUUAGAGGACCAGUUCAGUCAAUUUCAAUAUGCUGUUGUAUUGCUCACGCUACCCUUGACUUGUCAGUACCCGGUGAUGCCACAUUUUUCGGCUCAGCCCUUUCCGAGAUACGAGCAAUUCUAAUGGGGGCAGCGUUUUUUUACAUUUAAAAAAAAAUGAAACAUAGGCCAACUCCAAAUAUUUUCCCAAAAGGUUCUGCUGUUUGCUAGUUGUCUGCUGAUGUUUUAUAACCUUUUGGAGGUUUUUGGAAAUGUAAACAAAGAGCUGCCCCCAUUACAAUGACCAGGAUCUCGGAAACGGCUGAAGAAGAAGAAGAAGAAAAAAUCUCAGGCACUGACAAGUCCAGGGUAGUGUGAGCAUUAUAACUGCAUGUUGAAAUUGACUGAACUGUCCCUUUAACUGUAAAUGUCUGGCUGUUUUUUUGAUUUUGUACAUAAAUGGUUUUUUUUUUUUUUACUGUGUUUUUAGAUAAAUACAAUAAAAGCAUGACAUGGAAUGUUCUA